UCCACGCCGAUAGAGAAAGAGAAGAAAAAGAGAUGGACUUGGCUGCGACGGAGGAGCACGCAGAAGGUAGGUCUCGUUCAGAUCGCAUGGUCAAGCAUCAAGGGGGAGAACACGGGUUAAUGCAUUUUUCAUGGUUAGAAUAAAGAAAACUCGCGACCAGAAACACCGAGCGAACCCCAAACCCAGCUUCCCGCCAAUGACCAGGCGAAGCAAGACGCGGCGGAUAUGACGGAGAUCCUGGAGCGACUGAACCUGGCGGCCGACAACAACAAAGUGAUUUCCAUCAGCGACGAGACCCAGGAGCUCUUGCGCAAGUUCAAGUUGAUCUUUAAGGAUCUGAUCAACGGUGUCCCAACUGCCUACCAGGACCUCGAGAUGCUCCUGACCAACGGCAACAAACAACUCCAGAGCACAUACUCCAAGCUCCCUAGCUUCCUACAGAAGCUUAUCGAGAAGCUCCCCGAGCGAUGGACCGAGAGCCUGGCUCCUGAAAUCAUCGCAGCAGCAAGCGAGAGAGCAGGAAAGAGUGGAAUAAACGUGGAAAAUGUGGGCAAAGCUGCAGCUGCCGCCAACAAGAUGGGGAUCGAGGUGCCCAGCCUGAAAGAACUGGUUGGGAAACCGGCUGCUAUUGUGGGAAUGCUCCGGUCUAUCGUGGCCUUUUUACGGGCUCGAUUCCCUGCCGUAUUGGGCAUGAAUGUUCUCUGGUCGUUGGCCCUAACUAUUUUGCUCUUCGUCCUGUGGUACUGUCAUAAACGAGGCCGGGAGGUUCGCCUGGAGAAUGAGCGUCUCGUCACCGAGGCGGAAAUCGAGCAGCUCAAUGAACAAACAGACUCGGACCAGCGAAUUCGCGCUACGGAGACGCCUACAACCACAGCACCCCAAGGGGCUUCGACGGCGGAAAUCCGCGAAGGAAUGAAAGCAGCUGAACAAUCCCGAGAAUCGGCCGUUGCUACACCCAUAAAUGGGCCGAGCGAAACGGGAGAACUAGUUGAACCCCAAAACAACUCUCCCCCGAAGCCAGCACGAUCUAAGUCGAUACUGUCUAUUUGGGGGCGGUCCAACCAGAGGGCAUCUACAGCGCCGGCACCCAAGAUCGAGCCAUACCCGGGGACAUGAUUUUCCUUUUUCCUUUCUCCUUUUCUUUACCCUCCCUCAAUUUCUUGUUUUGAAUCACCUAGAUUUUUCCACGAUCUUGCGUGUUCUCCCCCUUUCGGUUGGUCUUGCAAUUUUUGAUACCA